AUGAAUCCUCGUUCAAAUCUAGAAUUGCAAGCAGGGGCAGGGAAAGAUCCUAGCCACAAACCCCAGCGAUUCUCACGCUCGAAAAAAGGUGCGUGUUUGGUUGCCGAAGCGUACACUGCACAGAAACUCACGCAGUGCCUGGUAUGCCGGAGACGCCACGUGAAAUGCGACGAGACACGCCCAUCAUGCCAGAGGUGUGCGCGCGGAAAACGAAUUUGCGAGUACUCGAGCUUUGAAGAGCAGGAAGCGAACCUUGCGAGCAACCAUGACGGCGCCGACAAUGAGAACCGAGCAUCACCACGUCCUCAACCACCUACUGUUGGUCAUCCUUCCGCGACUUCGCCUCCCUUCCGCCAGUCCCUCGAGUCCUUAUCGACCACAGUCAGUGCUCUCGAGCUUGAUUGCCUCGGCAGCGAUCACACAAGUUUGCCGGUUCCAUCACGGCCUUGCUCUGAUCGGCUUCUCUUUCGCCUCUUUAGUCACUAUACUGAAGUUGUCGCACCGUGGCUCGCUCUCACCGAUCCUGACCAGCAUUUCCGCCACGUAGUGCCGCACGAAGCUUUCUCAUUCCCUAUACUCUUCAACGCUAUCAUUGCCCUUUCGGCCCAGCAGCUCCACAUGCUUCAUGGGCUCGACAUCGGCAUCGCCGACCUGUUUCACCAACGAUGUAUAGUUGCCCUGAUUGCGGCGCUCAGCCACCAGGUGCUCGCCGCGGAUGGUCGUGUCCUUGCCGCUACUGUCAUACUGCGAAUGUUCGAGAUGCUACGUCAGACGGACAACCGCGAUCCUCAGCACCACCUCCUGGGAUCCUGCUCCUUGGUCGAGCUUCCUACUGAAGAAGGCAACUUCCACGAGCUCCGUGUCGCCGCGUUCUGGGUGUACCUACGACAAGAUGUUCACAUGGCCGAGCGCCAUCAGCGUUGUACCCUUCUGAACCUGAACCACAGCUUCGUAAACAUCGAGGGAAGACUCUGGCUCAACAACUGUGAUGAUAAUCCGGCCAACCACGUCACUUGCCUAUUUGCCCGAACCUUAAACUACUGUUUUGCUUCUGCUGCUGAAAGAGACGAUCAUGAAUUCAACGCCCUGACCAAUGAGUUGGACAAUUGGUUUGGAAGUCUGCCACCCGCUUACGCACCAGUCUUCCAGGGGCCCAACCUCAUCGAUCGUCAAACUCAAUUCCCUGUGUUGUGGUACUUGGCCGACUGGCACGUGUUUGCCCUCCAAACAUUUCACAUGGCAAAAUUGCUCUUGAACCUACACGCGCCUCCCAUAACCACUCGAGGUAUCGAGGCUCUACAAUCGAUGCGGGAACAAGAACUCAAAUUUGUGGUUUCAGUGUUACCAAUUCAUGUGAAGCUGCUCGAAUCCAUGCUAGCGAGCAUUUGCGCUUCUGCAGACUGGCUGGUUCCUGGAGUUGGAAAACACAAGCGAAACAGCCCCAAGCCAAAUACCGGCCUGAUCAACCAGAGAAUCCACCACUUGCUGCCCUGUCUGAUAGCUGCCGCUCAAAACAGGAGACUCGAAAAGAACCGAUAUGUGUGUUGUCGCAUUCGGAAAUUCAUGAUGCUGAGUUUCGUGUCUUGA